GAGCAUGUGAACAGAUCUGUUCUGCAAAUACUUCGUUCAUAUAUAAAAGACAAUCAAAAACACUGGGACAAGUAUAUUAGUGAUGCGGCGUUUGCAUUACGCAGCGCAAUGCCUUCAUCAAUCGGCUGCACCCCAUAUUUUGCAACUUUUGGUAUUCCGAUGAUACAACAUGGGGCAUCAUAUGAGAUAUACCGAAAACUCGGCGCAAUAGUGAGUGCGGACUAUUCUGUUGACACGAAACCAGACCAACAACAACUUUUGAGGAACAAAUUAAUGAAAGGAUUGAAGUUAGCUCAUGAGAAAUGUAUGAAAGUUUAUAAUACGAGGGGUAAGGAUGUGAGAUUCCAAAUAGGACAGGUGGUAUACCGCCGAAACUUCCGUCAGAGUUCUACAAUAGAUAGCUAUAAUGCGAAAUUAGCGCCGAAACAAGUAAAGUGCAUAAUCCUUAAGGUUAUCGGAAACUCCAUGUAUGAGCUAGGCGAUCUAAACGGAAAAAAGGUCGGAAUAUACCAUGCCAAAGACAUAUUUGUAGCGUAAUAUAUUUACGUGAGGUUAUAUUAUAUUUGUUACUCAAUAGUGCAACAGCCAAAUGUUUGAUGCCAGACUUAAUGCUUUGUUUUAUAGACUUAUUGUUAAAUGUAUAGGGUGUGUCUGAGAAAGUUUUAACAUACCUGAUAGCAAUAGUAAGCCACCCUUGACAAACGAUCUGUAACAUUGAAUCGUU